AUGGAGGAAAAGCCGGAGGCAGUCAGUCUCGCAGACAGCGAACGGCAUGUCAGCCAUCCACUGCCGAAGAAACUUGCUGGAAUUGAUAACCCUGAUGCAGGGUUGAAUGACGAGGAACGGGCGGCUAUUGACCGCAAGCUUCUCUGGAAACUCGACCUCCGUCUUGUCCCUUGGCUGAGCCUGCUAUACUUGAUCUCCUUCCUUGAUCGGACCAACAUCGGUAAUGCCAAGAUUGACGGCCUGGCCAAGGAUCUGGGACUGUCUCCCGAUCAAUAUAACGCAACCUUGACGAUCUUUUUCGUCUCUUAUUCGGUCUUUGAGCCGCUGACCAAUAUCCUGCUGAAGCGCUUACGGCCGAGUAUUUUCAUCCCGAGCAUCAUGCUCGCAUGGGGUAUAUGCAUGACUUGCAUGGGACUCGUCAAGAACUACUCGGGUCUGAUGGCAGUCAGAUGGUUCCUUGGACUCAGCGAGGCCGGUUUGUUCCCGGGAGUUGGUUAUUUCCUCUCCUGCUGGUACCGUCGAUCUGAAUUUGGCGUCCGAAUGGCCAUUUUCUUUUCAGCAGCCGCAUUGGCUGGAUCAUUCGGGGGUCUACUCGCAGCCGCUAUUGCCAAGAUGGACGGCAUUGGAGGGAAACCAGGAUGGGCGUGGAUUUUCAUUCUCGAGGGUCUUCUAACCAUUGUGGUUGGAGUGGUCUCUUUUUGGAUGGUGUAUGAUUUCCCUAAUGAGGCGACGUUCCUGUCACCGGAUGAUCGUGCUCGGGUGCUGCGCCGACUGGCAGCAGACCAACAGUCGAGCGCGGAACAUGAAGAGUUCAAAAUGUCGUACUUUUGGGCCAGCGUGAAGGACUGGAAAACUUGGCUUGGCGCAAUUAUAUAUAUGGGGGCAGAUGGGUCGCUGUACGCAUUCUCAUUGUUUGUGCCGACGAUUAUCAACGAAUUAGUGAGUGUUCAUUCGUUGACUGGACUAACGAGAAUGUUUCAUAUGCUGACCAUUGUCCAGGGCUAUAGUUCAAUCCGUGCUCAAUUGCUCAGCGUACCACCCUAUGCCGCAGCCGCCAUUGUCACCAUCCUGACUGGGUUCGUUGCGGAUCGCACACGUCAACGUGGACUGUGCAACAUUGCAACCUCAUUGCUCGGUAUUCUGGGGUUCUGCAUGCUCCUGGGAUGCGAAUCUGCCGGGGCGCGGUAUGCAGGUGUCUUUUUUGGCGCCAUGGGUAUAUAUCCGGCCAUUUCGAACACCAUUUCCUGGGCCAGUAACAACAUUGAAGGUGUGUACAAGCGCGGUGUCUCCCUGGGCUUCAUCAUUGGUUGGGGUAACUUGAACGGGAUCGUAUCCUCCAACAUUUAUCGCGACAAGGACAAGCCUCGUUUCUAUCCAGGGCAUGGGGUGGUCCUGGGUUACUUGGUGCUGUUCCUUUUUGGUGGAUCGGUGUUGCAAUACUGGCUGUUGCGGCGGGAGAACUCAAAGCGUCGUCGCGGUGAGCGAGACUCCUGGAUUGAGGGCUUGGAUCCCAGUCAAGUUGAACUGUUGGGCGAUAAACGACCUGACUUUAUGUACACGCUGUGA